GUACACAUGCAUCAGUAGUAUAAGUUACAUAGGACAUGUAAGAAGCCGACUAGCUAGCGCAUCGUCAUUUGGUGAUCUGUUCAAAACCCACAAAAGGCUAAAAAUGUCAAAGUGCAGAGUGCUGUAUUUCAACAUAAAAGGCAAGGCCCAGCUGAUCAGAUUGCUGCUACAUGACCAAGGCAUCACUUUCACUGAUGAUGUCGUCGACAAGAAAGAUUGGCCAGCUAUGAAACCUACCCUGAAUUUGCUAUUUGGCCAGAUGCCAGCAUUCUGGGAGGGUGAUUUCCAUCUGGUUCAGACUGGGGCCAUUCUACGAUACCUGAGUCGUAAACAUGAUACAUAUGGAUCCAAUGACACUGAAGCAUCAUUGAUUGACAUGGCAUAUGACGGAGUGGAGGAUUUAUACCAACGUUACAUCCGCAUGGUGUAUGGUGCUGACUUUGAAAAUGGAAAAGCCAAAUUUCUGGCCGAGACACUUCCUGAUCUGAUCCUUCCAACUUUACAGAAACUUCUGAAGACAAACAAGAACGGUGAAGGUUUUCUUGUUGGGGACAAGAUUUCCUUUGCGGACUACCACCUGUUCCAGUUCCUGGAUGCUCUGAUGGACCUGUCUGCAUCAGCUUGUCUUGAGGCUUUCCCAGUCUUGAAGGCUUACUACGAACGCAUCAAGGCUCGACCCAACAUCAGCAAGUUCCUCGCGAGUGACCUGAACCAGAAGCGCACAUUCAACAAUGCAGGUCAUUAGUCCACUUGCAAAUGGUUGGUAGAAGCAUUGAUACUUAACUCCAAAUAGUAUGAUUUAUUUUGAUUGGAAGACUUUUUUUCAAAACAGGGUCAAAAAUAAUAUAAAAAGCAAGAAACGCUGAAAAAUCAGUGAGAUUUCAAAAUCUGUAAUGUGCCAAGUACGAAGGUCUUCUAAUCUUUUGAUCAAAGGAUUAACUAGUUAAUUUUUUUUUGAGACAGAUAUUAUAAGACAUUUCACCGCGUAUUCGAAGGAGUUUUUCAGAGAGGUGUUAAGGAAUAACUUUUUUCCUUCAUUAUUUAACACAAUACUUGACAACGUUCUACCUUCAGGGUUUUAUAAAACAAAAACAUAUUGCAUAAUAUUGAAUAUUUAAUUGCAUGUGACUUAUGACACAAAAUCCUAACAUCUUUAUUGUGAACACAUAUUCGAUUGUUGAAUUUCGUUAUUUUCUUUAGUAUUCAAUGAGUUUGUACGAUUGGAAAAGCUAUUUUUUUCCCUGAUAUUUUAUCGUCUCAAACUAUGAGUGCGUGGGGCUCCUAAUGAUCGGCGUUGGCAUGAAGGGCUUGCCUCAUAAAUCUAUUUUGAACGAUAAAAUAAGAUAAUUUUGAUAAACAGAUUGUAAAUCCAAAGUAAUCUUUGGUGAUUGUAUUAUUGCAGCUGACUUAAAUUUAGUAUAUCAGUAUUACGAUAAUGAAAUCAGUAGCUUAUUCAAUUCUCAUUCAGAUCAGUAUUUGUUUAGGAGAGAGAUCUUACUGUGUACCUAUUCAGUUAGACACUUCGAUUAAAGAGCAAUGAUUACGAAUGAGUAUCUAAGAAAUAAAAUAAACUCAUGGUUAAAACAA